AUGGAUCUUUGGUAUCCAUCUAUAAUAAUUCCAUUGGCAUCUGCUGAAGGUCAAGAAAUUUUUUCGAAAUCGUCACAUGUCGCUUAUGAUCGUCUUAAUCCACAUUUUGAAGUACAAGAACGUUUGUCAUUUUGUGGCAUUGCUUGUGCUUCGAUUUUACUAAAUACUCUUUUACCUUAUCAAAAUUGGAGUCAAUCAAAUAUUUAUUCAAAUAUUGCUAGAAGUCAUAUGUCAAAUGGAAUAACUCUAUCAAAAUUAUCUUAUGUUCUUGAAAGAUGUGGUCUUCCAUCUAUAAUUCAUUAUUGUGAAGAUGAAACUGUCGAAGAACAAUUUCGAAAGGAUAUUAGACAAGAGAAAAACUUUCUAAUUGUUAACUAUUUGAGACAAUUUAAAGAAAAAGAUAACAAUCAUAUUCAUCGUGGGGGACAUUUAAGUUUAACUGGUGGAUUUAAUGAAAUAACAGAUCAUGUCCUCAUAUUGGAUACAAGUCAUACAAGAUUUCCUCAUCAUUGGUUAUCAGUCAAAGAUUUGAUUCGUAUGAUGUGUACAUACGAUAAAAUGGCAUCAAGAUCAAGAGGAUAUUUAGUUGUUAUUGAUCCAAAACAGGUUGAACAAAAUCAUUCAAUUGAAUUCUAA